AUACGCAAUACAAAAUUUGCGAGUGCACGCGCCGCACGUGCGCCACGCAGCGGACGUCGUCCUUUUCACGAAGCCAGAGCACAGACAGAAUAUAGGUUCUCUCUUCGAAGCGCAGCAUCUCCAGUGUUCACCAUCUACUUUGGAUUCCUUCCGGCGCAAUACACAGUACUGACGAACUCAGGACGUCCUCUUACACGUGUCGGUACCCCUGAAAUCGAAAACAUGUUCUCCUCCUGGCUGGCAACCAAGGGGUUUCCUGAUAAGGAUGACGCUCCCAAUGGAGAAGAACACAACGAACCAACACGUCCCUGCAUGGUGUGCAAGAUGCGUUUCACCAAUGCGGCAACUCCGGAGGCUGUGACAGGUUGUCGGUUGCAGUGCUGUCGUCUGUGCAGUGCGUUAAUUCCUCCCUCACGGAUGCUCCGUCAUAUUUCCGACAUGCACAUUAACAUCCAUCGAUGCGCUACCUGCGACGAAGGGUUUGCUUCACCGGAAGGACUGGACUCUCACUACACGGUGACUCACCACGGUGUUGGACCUUCUCAACAACCAGCACGUCCUUUAGAGCAGGGCUCCCCUGAGACGAGUUUCAUUUGCAAAUUUUGUGGAAAGUCUUUCCAGCAACAAGUAGUCUUUAAACUUCAUCUUCGGAUGCAUAGAGGGCCUGAACCGUUUUACUGUGCGAAGUGCAAGAAGCGAUUUGCUACCGAUCGUGACUUGAAGAGUCACUCGAAUUCCAGUGCUGAAUGCCUUGAGAGCGUUCCUGAUAGUUUAAAGGCCACUGUGGGAUGCCAGGAGCAAGGUGUUCCCUCAGCCGAGCAUACGAGCAUGCAGGAAAUACGCGCUACAACGACGGAAGAGGACAUGAUCCAGUCAAAAUUCUGCAGUGACUACGUGCAAAGUGGCGCUGGCGCACCCGACACAUUACCUGGAACAACACUUUCUGCGGGGGCCUCCGGAAGAUCGGUUGAUGUUAAAAAUGCUCGCAAUACACCGAGGCGAUCCGAGCCUAAUGUAACAGUUCCCAAAAAGCGUGUCAAGACGCGUGCGGCACCUACUAAUGGAGCCGUACAAUCGGCUCCUCCCGAGAGCAAUGGGUGCACUCUUGCUCCGCAAAUGAAGUGUGCGCCGGAAGCAGGCGAACCAGCGACGACCGCACAAGUAGCUGCGAAACCAAAUGAAAAUGGCGGGUUUAAGUGCCAACACUGCGCCAAAGUUUUCAAGAAAUUGAAGAAUCUCGAAACUCACAGUCUCAUCCACAAAGCGGGAAAGCCGUUUCGCUGCACGCAGUGUUCUUCUUCCUACUUGUACAAACACGCGUACUUGUCUCAUGUGGCCAAGAAACAUCCUGAGGACCUUGAAGUGUCGCAGGUGGAAACACCGUCUCCCUCUUCGUAGUUCUCCAGGUAGAGAAGGCAGGUAGAAAAAGAGGACGCGAAGCAGUAGUCCUACUUAAGUACACGCGUGGGCGCUGCAUUUGCCAGCCAUAAAAGCAAACCUGUGGUAGAGGUGCUUCGUGGGCGCGGCGGCACACAACCUCCAUAUUGUUAACUGUUCAUUCGUACCUCUCAUGUUACCUUUGUUGGGCUAAUCUGUUUCAAAUUGCAUAAAAUAUUUGCACUGUUAGUUUCGUUGA